CACACACGCAUGAGCCGGGAAGAAAAAUUAAAUGUGCCGAUGUCAACAAAUUCCUCGCACUUUUCUGAUUGACAAAAAUUUUAUAUUUUAAUUUUUUUUUCAAUAUCAUACUCGAAAAAAUAGUAGUAAACUUAAAAAUUACAAUGAGUGGAGUUAACGUUUCAGUCGAAGUUCCACUGGAAAAUCAAGUGUUUGAGAUUACCUAUGAUGGGCAAGAAAUACAGCAACCACCUUUGUCCAUGUCGGAAAACUUGAGCCGACUCGCUCAACGGAUUGAUUUUGUUGGGAAGGAUGACGAGGUGGGGGGUAGAAAUAAUUCUGGUGUGGCUGCAUCUGCGGCUGGAGAGCCGAUGGACGAAUCAUCUACUUCCGGUGGAGGGACGACACAGGGGAAUUCGGAGGAGCAAACAUUUAAAACCGCGCCGGCAUGGCCUUGGGAGUCGGCUCGUAAUAAAUUACAGACGGCGUUAACAGAACUAAGCGUUCUGGGAGAUAUUAUUUCUAUCGCCCAGCAGAAAAAGUACUUGGUGUUGGACCCUGUGUCGGCCGAACCAUCAGAUCCUAAAGCUGGAGCUGUAUUGAUAUACAAAAAAAGGGGCUUGGCAGCAGCCGCACAAGUGCUAAUUAGUGGAUCCGAAAGGUUAAGAACAUCAAUGAAUGAAGCUAAAUCUAAAACUUCAAUUUCUUCUCUGCCCGAUUUUCAUAUUCAAUUAUUGAGGUUGAGACAGAAUUGGAGACUCAGAAAAGUGGGCAAUUCCAUAUUGGGAGACUUGUCGUAUCGUACAGCAGGAAGUAGGUUUCCUCAAACAGGAAUAUUUGAAGUGAAGAAAGCUGAAGAUGCGCCAGAUGAAACAGAUUCCGUAGCAGAUGAACCUCCAGCUCCAUCAUCCUCGGGUGCAGCAUCAUCAUCACAACACCAACAACCUCCAUCUACAAAACCUAGCUCUGCCCUAAAAGUUAUUGUUCCAAAUGAGCUACAGGGAAUAGCUUACAUUGAAGUUGUCAUUCAAAAGGAUCAGGAAACUCUGAGCUUUGCAAAUAUUGGACUACCUUCUCCCUCACCCGCACCUUUGGAUGCGUAUUGGCAGCAAAGACUAGAGGCUGCACAAAAUGUCUUGUUUUGCAAAGAGUUGUUCUCCGUCUUGGCAAGAGAAGCUGUUGCCUUACACUCCCUUCCAAUUCCUCCUCUGGUAGUUGGUAGUCAAAUAACGGUGACAUUAUUUCCUGGUAUUCUGCUUAUCAUCAGCCUUUGUCACUCUAUAAAUGGGAAAACAAGUACUCCUCCCGUUACUCCAAAGUUGGAUCACAAUCACGUCUUGGAGCACUCUCUUCACCAACUCCUUAGAGAAGUUCAUCGUUCAAAUUCAUGUAUACCUCUUCCACAUCCUGCAAGUGCGCCCAUUGGUGUCUCAAGAAAAAGGCGACUGGCUGGCCCAUGUGCAUACGAUAGACAGACGCUUUUAACAAUGACGAAGAAGGAUGGAAUACUAGAGGAAAUUAUAAAACAGAGCCAGCAUGUUGUACUCAGGCUUCGGACAAUGGUGGUUAUAGAUGCGUUAUCGAGGGAUAUUAAGGAUCCAUUGAUUGUUGCUCAUUGGGCUUCUUUGAAUGCAGUGACACAUACUUGUGUCAGAUUAACUCUUGUUUCCUCAGGGUAUGAUAUGGGAGCAAGAACCCCACUAAUGAUCCAUGUCAAGGAGAAGUCUCUCAAGGCAAUUUUAAGGGAUGGCAAAGCAAUUCACCUGAGCUACGAACCUCAAGAAAUUAGAGAUCUCAUAUUAGCACAGAUUGCUAUACACCAAGUUAUGGCACUUCAAACCCUCUCGAAGUGCAUGGGAUGGACUGUCCUUUCGAGCAACACCCAUCUUGGUGUUGGUACUUGUGAAACGAUUGGUAAUGCGGCUGGAUGUCUAUUGAGUUCCCCCAAUGGCAAAAGACAACUAGCUAUUCGUUCAAGUCCUCAACUCUACCACUGUGGUAUUCAAGUAUUCAUUGGCUACCCACCAAACUCUGUAGUUGAAGGUAUUGGAGAAAUAUUUGACGACCAGACAUCUGACUUGAAUCAACCCUCCCUAGACGACGGGACAACCGAUUUCGGAUCUGGAAUUGUUUACAAAUCCGUAAAAUUAGACAGACUUGAAGGGAAGCACUUUUUAAAUAAGAUCGAAAUGUUAAUGGCUGUUUUAGGCGAUUUGGAAUAAUGCAUUGAAGCUAAAGUUCAAUAAAAAGUUUCAUUUUUAAAUCAAAAUUGUGAAAAAUUGUGAAAAAUAUCAAGUGAUCACGCAUUGUAUUAAAAUGGAUAAAUAAUAAUCUUCCAGUAAUAUGCUAUGAAAUAUUAUAAA